CAUAUUUUGGUCAGUAUGAGGGUUGCAUUAACCACACUCUGUAAUUGCUCACUCUUUGUCUCUCAGCGCAGCACUGAUGGGUUCUGGAAAUCAGUGGCCAGGCACGUUCCAAGGGAGCCCAGCGACAUGCGCAUCCUGAACCCCUACUUCAUUCAGGAGGCCUCCUUCAAGCUAAUUGGCUUACCUCGCAACAAUGGACAGAUGGGUAGAGGGAAUAUCCCAACCCUGGGGACAGUUGCCAUAACGAUGGCCCUUCAUAACUGUGAUGAAGUGGCUGUGGCUGGAUUUGGCUACAACAUGAGCACCCCUCAUGCCCCUCUGCACUAUUAUGAGAAGAUCCGGAUGUCAGCUAUUAAAGAGUCCUGGACUCACAACAUAUCUAAAGAGAAGGAGUUCUUGAUGAAGCUGGUGAAGUCUGGUGUUAUCCAGGACUGGACCAAUGGGAUCUGUGGUGCAGGAUGCUGAUGGUCUGCUCUCAGUUUCAUGGCUCCUGGAUGCAGCACUGUGCUCGCCUCCAUCUGCUUUAGCCCCUGAAGAGGGAAGCAUACAGCUCUGUAGGCCAUGUUUCUAGAAUAGAGCAGCUGUCACACACUGUGGUCUGUGCAGACUGAGUAUAUGAGGCUUACUGACCUGGACACAUUGUCCCAGUGUUGCAUAUUGACUUGUUAUAAUCAGUUUGCCUCUGUAUUGGAACGAAGUAUUUAGCUUGUCCUAGUUU